AUGGUUGUCGAUACGGCAUACUAUGACACCCUCGGCGUCCAGCCCACCGCCACAGACAUCGAAAUCAAAAAGGCCUACCGCAAGUUGGCUAUUGUCCACCACCCGGACAAGAACCCCAACGACCCCUCGGCCCACGAAAAGUUUCAAGAGAUUGGCGAAGCCUACCAGGUCCUGUCGGACAAGGACCUGCGCGCCGCCUACGACAAGUAUGGAAAGGACAGCGCGAAGCCCUCCGAGGGCUUUGCCGACCCCGCCGAGUUCUUCACAUCCAUCUUUGGCGGCGACGCCUUUGUCGACUGGAUCGGUGAGAUCAGCUUGAUGAAGGACCUGACGGCGACCAUGGACAUCACGAUGCAGGAGGGCGAGGAGGGCGCCGAGGGUGAGGAAGCUGCCGACGGCGAGUUCCCGGGCACCGAGGAGGCCAAGAAGGAGAGCGCGAAAGCUGCCGCCGAUGCGGGGAAGACCGACGCAACCGCUGCGACUGGUGCCGCCAGCGCUCCCCCGCCGACCGUUGUCGUCGAAGACGAGAAGGAAGCCCCCAAGGCACAGGAUGGUGCCACCCCUGCCGCCUCCGCCGCGGCCAGCGCGCCCGCUGCCUCCGCGGCCGAAGCGAGGACGCCAUCGCCGAGCCCGUCCGGCACCUCGAAGCGCCACCAGAUCCCCCUUCGGCCUGCCCUCAUGGACAGGCCCUCGGACGAAGUCGGAGCGAACGCCGAGUCGGAGGAGUCGCUCCGCAAGAAGGAGAAGAAGAAGGGCAACCUCACAAAGGAGCAGCGCGAACAGCUCGCCGCCUACGACAAGGAGCGUGCCCGCGUGCGACAGGAGCGCGUCGAUACCCUUGCCCGCAAGCUCCUCGACAGAAUAAGCGUGUGGACCGAGACCGACAAGGGCCCCGACGUCACCAAGUCCUUCCAGGAAAAGACCCGUCUCGAGGUGGAGAACAUGAAGAUGGAGUCCUUCGGCCUGGACAUCCUGCACGCCAUCGGCCAGACCUACCUCGCCAAGGCCACGGCCCUGCUGCGAAGCCAGAAGUUCCUGGGCAUCGGCGGCUUCUUCAGCCGCGUCAAGGACAAGGGCACGAUUGUGAAGGAGACGUGGAACACCAUCAGCUCCGCCAUUGACGCGCAGCAGACCAUUGAGGAGAUGGCGCGUAUGGAGGAGAAGGGCGGCGAGGAGUGGUCCGAGGAGCGCAAGGCCGAGUACGAGCGCCGUGUCACGGGCAAGAUCCUCACCGCCGCAUGGCGCGGUUCCAAGUUUGAGAUCCAGAGCGUGCUGCGCGAGGUGUGCGACUCGGUCCUGAACGACAAGAAGGUCCCCCUGGCCAAGAGACUCGAGCGCGCCGAGGCCCUGGUCAUCAUUGGUGACAUCUUUUCCAAGGCCCAACGGUCCCCCGAGGAGGAGGGAGACUACCUUGUCUUUGAGCAGCUCGUCGCCGAGGCGGCCAUCAAGAAGGACAAGGAGUCCAAGAAGAAGGGCAAGAAGCACCCGUCGGCCGAGGUGGCCGAGGACGCGCCUAACGUCCCCAAGCCCGAGAAGUCGUAG